AUGCCACCGCCUCAACAAUAUCCUCAACAUCCACAACCAUUAAUCGUCUCGUCACAGCCUCAGCCCCAGCCCCAGCACCAGCACCAGCACCAGCAUCAGCAGCAGAUAUACCCUCAACCUUCGCCCCAUAUCUCUACCACCCACGCCCACAGACAACUCCCACAUCAUCAGCCUCCACCGUCUGCUUCUACUACCUCUACUACACUGGUCCAAACUCCUCCUUCGCCGCCUUUGAGUAUUACAAGCACACAAACCACUCAUACGAGAAAGGACUCGGCUUCACCUACCACCUCGGUUUCUCCCGCUCCUCCACACACACCCACUCAUCCUCAGGUUCAAACUCCGACAUUAGAGGAGCCACGAGAACCUUUUCAACCACCUGUUCCAUGGCUCUCUGUUGACAACGAGGCGUUUCCCCCUCGGGCAGCACCUCGCAAACGACGUGUACCUCGGUCACUCCUUGCGACCGAACCUGUAGUCUAUCCUUUGCCGGAAAUCUCUCACGAGCUGGGCGUUGCUGCUGAGUCGGAAUCACACGAUGUGGAGCUUGCCGUCGAGGACACCAAUCCCCCUAUGCUCAAUGACCAAACCACUACUCAAGCUUCAACACCCGUGCCUUCAGAUGUCCUCUCUGAGACCGCUUCAACACAACCAACAACUCCUUCAUCGGCUGCUCCUCCACCUGCCACAAAGUCAACACCUACCCAACCAAAAACUCGUCCUGUGGGUCCCAUCAUUCCUGCAGUCCCAAUUCUACCUCCCAGUCCCACUGCUGGCCGAAAGGCACAUCGGGACUCGGUGACUUCCCAGGUGUCCAAGUUAUCAGAAACGGCAAAAUCUGUGACCAAGGAAGAACAAGAAUCCUCCGCCUCAAUUGCUGGUGCGGCAGAGUCUUCUAUACCCUCUGAUUCGACUCCCAAACCCGCUUCAGCACCAGCCCCUCCCAAAUCAUGGGCCAACCUAUUCCGAUCCAAUGACUCCCAAUCUCCGUCAGUUGCUGCCUCUACUUCGAGCACUGCCGCAGAAUCCUCCAAGGUUGGGAGGAACGAGACGCUCUCUGAUGUUCUCAAUGAUAUGAACUCUUCCAUUGCUGCAACCCCAACUCGGGUCUCCUUUCUCAAACCACGUGGACUUGUCAAUACUGGUAACAUGUGCUACAUGAAUUCGGUCCUGCAAGUCCUUGUCUUCUCAUUGCCCUUUUAUGACUUCUUAUCGAAAGUUGCUCAACGUGCUCCACAUGCCUUUAAGAGCGACACACCCCUAAUUGACGCUAUCAUACUUUUUGUUCAAGAAUAUUCCGUGAUCUGCUCAGCGAACACUGUUGAUCAGCUACGUCUUCGGUUGAAGUCGGAGGAUUUUGAGACAUACGGUGAACCAUUUAUUCCAGAAUAUGUUUACGCAGCCAUCAAGGAUCUACCUCGAUUUCGAGAAAUGCGAAGAGGUCAUCAACAAGAUGCUCAAGAGUUUCUUGGAUUUUUGUUGGAAGAAUUGCACGAAGAAUGUGCUCGGACCAUGAGAUCAAGCGUCACGUCAAGCUCGGGUGGAACAACUCCUGCUGGAAGUGUCUCAAACUUCUCCGAACAAGUCGAAGGUGAAGGAGGCUGGCUGGAAGUUGGACAUAAACAGAAGGCAGCAAUUACUCGAUCAUCAGGCGCUAUUUCCACCGAGUCGCCCGUCACGAAUAUCUUUGGGGGUAAGCUCCGAUCGGAGCUCAAAGUGUCGGGUAACAAGCUGUCUGUCACUCUGGAACCUUAUUCUCCACUUCAACUUGACAUCGGAUCCCCUCAGGUUCACAACAUCAUUGAUGCCUUGAAAGGGCUCACCCGACCUGAAAGUAUGCAAGGCGACUUCUAUACUUCUCGAGGCCAGAAAGCUACUGCUACAAAACAAGUCUUCAUUGAGACACUACCUCCAGUGCUCAUCCUACAUCUAAAACGCUUCCAUUACGACAGUGCGACAAAACGAGCCGAGAAGAUCUGGAAAAAGGUCGGAUACCCACUCGAGCUCGAACUUCCUAAGGAAGUCUUCCCUUUGCAAACUAGGAACAAGUUCGUGGCACACGGUGGACUUCCGAAGUAUCGUUUGACUGGCGUGAUUUAUCAUCAUGGGAAGAAUGCCAAUGGCGGCCAUUACACUGUUGACAUUCGUCGACAGGAUGAUCGUGAAUGGAUUCGCAUUGACGAUACUCUAAUCAGACGUGUUCGAAGUGAGGACGUUGCUGAAGGAGGUAGUGAAGAAGACCCCAAGGUUCUUGCUGCCGCACUGGAACGACACAAAGAGACCGGUAACAGGUUUGAGCAGAUCGAUCAGGAUAACGAUGAAGAAGAAGGAACUUCUGAUAAAACUUGGAACCAGGUCAAUGGUCAUUCCCGUUCCAAGUCAACCAUGAGUGCCAUUGUCAAUGGCACUGCUACCCCAGCAAAGGAUUCAUCUGGGAAGCAAACACCCAACCCGAAAUUCUCCGUCAAAGACAACAAAGUCGCCUAUUUGUUGUUUUACCAGAAGAUAUCCAACUAA